AAAUAAUAUUAGUUUAUUAUAGUUUUAGGAUAAAUUUUACUGGUUUAUGAUCAAUUUUUAUUGUUUUAUGUAUACAUUUUAUGUUUAUAAAAUUAUUUUGAAACACUUAGUAUGUUAAAUGUAUACUUGGUUGCCUAUAUUGUGCGCAGUCAAAAAACAGCUGCCCCAGCUGCCAAAUACCUUUGACAACCUGUCAAAGCAAAAUCAAUAUGGCAGACAAUGUCAUGUAAUCUGCGCGAAUUUGUUAUAAAUAAUUUCCACGGCGUGGAAAUCUGUAGUUAACGGUGUAAAUCUUCGGCGUAACGUGUUUUCUUGUGGUUGCAGCGGUUGGUGGGUGUUGCGGUGCGGCGUUCCGGUAGCGACAGACGUGUCCAGUGCACUCUGCAGGUGUAUCGCUGAUCGCUGAUAAGCAGGACGUGUCAUCUGACAGCAGAUGUCGAAAUUAAUUCCGCCUCUUGUGAGCACCACGCCACCCCCGAUUGGUCUCGGCGAUGUGGACGAUAAUGAAGACGAUGAGUUCGGGGACUUUGCUGCUGCUGAUGACACCACAUAUGGCUGUGAUUCAUUCUCCAUUCCUAAUACACCUGAAGAUUCACCCAGAAAAACGCCUACGUUAAAAGUUCAACCAGAAAAUUUACCCGAAGUGAUUCCCGACGAAGAAAUAACAAAAGAUUAUCAAGAUAAACGGAAAAACGUGGAAAAUAUAGAAAAUUCGCCGGAAAAACAAACCGGUAAUGAUGUGGAAGUGCCAAAUCUAAUAACAAACGGACACAAUUAUAACGACAUUCACUCAGAAUCAGUAAAACAUGAAGAUGAAGAUGCGUCAAUCAAAGAUGAUGAUGACAGCGAGCGACCGCCGCAGUUAUUUGACGAUGAUUCGGAGGAAAAGGAGGAAAUCAGCGAAACGCCUUCAAACUUUAGCAUUUCCUUUGAUGAUAAUGUGAUAUGUGAUGACGAUGAGGAGGAGGAUGAAAGCGACAACAUGCCUAUUGAGUUGCCAAAUCAUGUGAUCGAGGCUGAUGAUGAAAAAGUCGUGGAAACUUGUAAAAAUAUUCAAGAGUUUGAUGAUUUUGACGAUGAAUGGAAGCAGGCUGAAGGUGAGCCCAAAGAAAGUGUAAUUCCCGAUGAGAUUGUUGAUGAAAUUGAUCAAUUUGAAGAUUGUGAGGAGGAGAAAAGUUCUAACCACUCCGAAACAAUCGAUGAUUUCGGUGAUUUUAAUGCGUUUGCUUCAAUUCCGACCGAAUCAAUCACGCAGAGUCAACAAACUAUUCAAAAUGCGCCUCUUUCAAGUGAUAUUCAAUCAAUUUCUAGUGAUUAUAAUAUGCCUGUAAAUACUGAAAGCGAUGCAAAGCAAGAGGGCGCUGAUGAUGAUUUUGAUGAUUUUCAAUUUACGAAUGUCCCGCCAAAAGAACCAGAAAUUCAGGAGAAAAUUGAAGAAAUUAUUGACGAUUUUGAUGAUUUUGCUGAUUUCUCAUCAGCACCUAUUGAACCUCAAACGGUGGAACCUAGUCAACCACUUUCUCGCUCAGCGAGUUUAGAACAAGAUGGCGAUGAUGACGAUUUUGGUGAUUUUGACGAUUACACAACCUCGACGAGCACCUCCAAUGCUAUUCCAUUGUUAAAUCCAGAGAAAGUAUACGAAGAAACACAGGUUAUCUUUAAAGUCAUGUUUGAACCGGUUACUCUCAAUGAGUUGGACUAUGAAUAUUCAGACGGGACUAUAAAAAACACCAUCUUCGGACAGAUUAAGGAUGUUACCGAUACGCAUGCGUUGAGGUACCAAUGGGGCAAAUCCACUGUGCAACAGGGUUUACUCAAAGCUUUAAACAUUGAUACUAGAAAUAUUCUUUACGCACACGGUAUGCCGAUGCCGAAAUUUGCCGCUAAUUUAGGCAUGACCCCGCUUGAGCCGGUCAAGUCGGACAUUUUGACUCCCACACAAGCGCCCAUCACUCCAACCAUUCCGUCCAGCGAUAGGUCAUCUUCACAGGCGACCACAUCGAGUGUUUCACAGGCUUCACAACAAAAUGGCGACAUUCCGGCGGCGCAGUUCGACUGGAGCGCUUCCGGUUUGGCGAAUCCAUUGGAUUCUAACCAAACAAGCACUCUAUUCGAUCUGGAACAACUUACAGCCUCACUUAGCUUGCCCACGUCGACGACAUGCGCUGUAGAAGUAGAUAGUAAUCACGCUAGCGGCAAAUCCAAUAUCGACGAAGAUUGGGACUUGUGGCUGCAAUCUGUCUCAAAAGAAGAAACUAAACCUACUCCGCGCACCUCGCGAACAUCCGAUGAUAUUAAGUUUGAGGACACGUCAACCCUCCAGAAACCACCCACUUAUGAUUCAGAAUCGGUGAAUAGUUUGCAAUUUCCCGAAAUGACCGACGUGGAUGAAACCAAGCUGGAAAGUUUGGGCAGCGCUGAUGAUUUCAGCGAUUUUACAUCGUUCCAAUCAACGUACCCCCACCAAACGCAUCAAACUGAUCCUCCUCCCACGACUUGGUCCACUUCUAAUAUGAUCCCACUUCGGGAGACUUAUAUUGAUGAUGUGAAAACCGACUGGGUUGAAAAUGGCGCUAAGAGUAAUAAUCAUUCAAGAAAGUCUUCUUAUGAAUCUGUGGGGAAGGUUGAAGUGAAGGAAGAGCCUGAUUGGUUACAGCCAACUAUUUUGACACCUGUUCUUCCUCAUAAAGAGAUUAAAACAACAGCUCCAACUGUGGAUGUGGUUUCAACUGAACCUGAGGAUGAUUUUGAUGAUUUUCAAGAUUUUCAAACUUCUGCGCCGCCUGCAAAAGUAGAGCAUAAAACACCGCCUGUACAGAAUUCUGAAGUUAUCACCGCGUAUAGGGGCAGUUUACUAAAUCCUACUGUCCUGCAACCUACUCUAUUGGAACCGGUAAAAAUGGCUUCGUCAAUGGAACCCCGAACGAUUUUGUGGCCUGAUCCUGGAAUUACUGAUGAGGAGUUGGCGCGUUUUGAUAUGUACGCCAAGAAAGACGGUAACUAUAGUCCUGCUGCCUCAUCGGUGUCUUUGGUGUUAAAUUCCGAGCCUGUCACGAGUUUGAGUAGCCCCAAUGACCCGAGUAUCAGUAGUGCUAGUGUAUCCAAAGCUCCCGAAACCAAGAUGAGCGGCCCAGCUGGUGCGCUCAUGGUCGAGAAACACGUGGUUGUGCCGGCGAAUAAAGUCAUCCUACACAACGAGGUGCUCCUUCCGCCCAACAAUCAGGUGGUUAUUUCCAAGGACCUUGUCUUACCUAUCUUGGAAAGCAGUCCACGAAAAUAUACUCCCCUCCAGAAGACGAUACCCGCGCCUGCUCAAGACGAUGAUGAUUGGAGCGAUUUUAUUUCCACUCAGCCUACGACAACAGGGCCGCCUUCGCGAGUAUCAGGAAUAUCAGCAAGUAAUACCUCACCUAGCAAGCACAGUUUGAGUAGCACCAGCACGUCCGAGCUGUCACUCUCGAUACCGCAGUUACGUAGCAUGCAAAAUAUGCAACCGCCAUGUAAACCCCCCAUUCCGGUGAUCACACCGCGCGGUCUUGUGCAGACGAAAAUCCCCUCGAUGGCACCGAGCACGCCUGGCAAGUCGCUGCCGCAGACGGCAUUGCACGUGCAGCCGCCCGGUGACGGCUACCAGCCGGCCAUCAUUAGCACGCAAUUCGCCGCACAACUCAACCUCACCUCCCCGAUCAACGUCGUCAAUCAAACGCCGUUUUCAGAUUUCCUGCACAACGGCCACUACCAGACUACAAGUAUUCCAACGAAUGGACUGCAGCAACAAUCACCGCAGAGGAAACAGCUCAACGGGUUGCACGAUGAUGACGAAUGGUCCGAUUUUAUGUCCAGCCAGCCGGUCAACACGGGGAAUCACAGCUUGUACACACCUACAACACAGCAAAUGCAGCCAGUUCAAUCAGGUAAUCCCACGCCGCCUAUGAUUAACUAUAAUCAACCAAAUUUGUUUGGGGCUGCGACAAAUUCACAACGCGCGGACUGGAACCGUAAUGGUUUUCAGUCGGACUUGCCGAAUAUCAUCACAAAUCCGGUGCACUUUCAAAGUUACCCUACCAUGAAUACCCCAACGAAUGUCUUAAACAAAAAAUCGGCAGCCACCAAUGGCAUUUUGCAUAGCAAGAAUAAAAAACCGCAGAAUCUGAACGUGGCGCGUUUGCCCGAUUUGGACUUUGUUGCGCCUAAAACAAAAGUCUUUCACAACAAUAAGAAAUGACUAAAGGAGAACAUUAUGCUGUAAUUAUUUCUACAUCGGAAAUAAUUUCGCAUAGUUUUUGUGUAAAAAUGUAUUUGUGAGGUUGGGUGAUAUUUAAUUUAUUUCGUUACUUAAAAAUGUUAUUUAAAAACUUGCAAAUUAUUUAUUGACGGACAGUCUCUUGAAAAUUCUGGCGGUUCACAAACACUUUGUACAUACAGUUCAAUUUUAAAGAUGAAAAAUUUCGUGAGGUUUGUAUCACACCGUUAAAAUUAAACAUUUGAAAUUGAAAUCUUUGAAAAUCUUGAAAUAAUCUUAAUCUUUGAAGCGAAAAGUAGCCAAAACAGUCUUAUAAAUAAUUUUAUUCUUAUUUAUUUAUCUACUUAACAUCUACUUAUAUUGGUGCAUUGUGCAAUGUUGUUUUUUUUCAUUCUCUUUGCGUAUUCUUUUCCUAAUUUAAAUAUUAUCUUAUACGUCCAAACCGUUUCGAAUCAGAAACAAUGAUUAUGAAUAAGUGAUGUAAACAUUUCAAUGUUUGUACAUACACGUGUAUUAUUAUGUAUUAUUAUCUACUACUUAAUAACCGAUUAGUUGAUAACUUAGAUCUUUAUUUAAAGUUAAUAUUGUGAAUCAAAUGUAUUUUGACUGUAUCAUACAAUAUGGUAAUCUUAAUGAUAGAUUCUAAGUUAGUAGCGAAAUAACAGAAAACAUGGUAAGUAAACAAGGCGCAAUCGAUUGCAAUGGACAUUCCGUAUAUACUGUAAGAAAUAUUGCGCAAUUAAUUAAAAUAAUGUGAGAAAUUGAGUUUCUGCGCAAUGCGUAUGAUAUGAAACAAAUGAAAGUAUUGUUUAUAUAAUAAAGGUGCUUUAACAGUU